ACUUCACGAGUGCGUGAGGCGGUGCUGCUCAAAAAUGAGUCCUGGGCGUUCUGGGGAAAACCAACCAUUUGGGGCUACGCGCGAGAUAGACGUCACGCAAACACAGAACGUAAAAAGUGCAGAUACUCACAUUUGCCAAAUUCGGAGGAGGCGCGAUCGCCGCCACGGCGAGAAGUAUCACCACGGUCGACAGCAUCAUCAAAAAGCCGCGGAAGAGCACACGCAUCUGAGACGGAGGAAUCCGGCACGCAACACAAACCGGAAUGUGGUCUCGUUCCUGAUUUCUGUGCUUGAAAACGAAUGACGACGUGCGGCAUGCAAGCUAUCUGCUCGUCUCUGGUAUCCCCCGGUUGUCUUUGAGCCUACAGAACCCGAUAACCCCAGCGGACUACAAUAAGUAGUGUUUAUUCUCGCUAAACCUACUACCAAAAGUAGCAGGCUGUGGGUCCUAUCUAUUGUCUGGAAUUGAUUUCCCUGCGUUUCUCUGUGGAAAACGUUUUUCAGUCCAUUUUUCCCACCCAUCAUGGGCACGUUCCCAAAGAUCUCUGCCGAGUGCACAGCCAGUCGUUGUUGUACCGUAAUUGUGCUUGUUAUGGCACCGAGGUACGAUCGUUCCUCCCUAGGCUUUUUAUCG